AUGUCAACGACGGAACCUGAGCAAAUGGAAAUAGAAAUUACGCAUGAAGAUGUUCUCGAAUUUCUUCAUCAAAAACAAAAUUGUGAUAUCGAAGGAGCAAAAAAAUUUUUAGAAUACGGCUCGACUUACCUUCUGGCUUGCUAUAAAGAAAAUGUUCCGGCACAUUGGUUUUGCAGCGAAGAAUUCGUGGAAAUUACGACAGAAUUACUACAUAUAUUUGCAUUGAAUAAUACUAAUGAACAGGUUGAAGAAUUUAAAAAUGUAAUGGCUGAUCAGCUGUCUAACUGUGUCGAUUGUGUUGAAGUAUAUUACAUUUAUAAAGAAGAUAUGCGUCAAAGAGCAUAUAACAAUACAAAUGAUGUAAAUGUACUUUUUGACGUCACUAUAAAAGCCUGGGACAGAUGUCGUGUUUACAGCGCUCUACAAAACUUGAGUCUGCAACUAGAAACAUUAACUCCAGACGUACUGACAUCAAAUUCAACUAUUGCAAUAUUAUCAGAGAUUAUGUUUAAUCCGUCUUUGCUUGCUGAUCAUUCGAUAAGUUCGCUCUAUGUCGAUUUAUUUCUUUCCAUCCCGCAGAAUAUUUUAAAAGAGAUGUGCAAAGGCUUUUUGCCCGGAAUGAUUAUUGUAUCGGUUCAUGAGAAUGAUGAUUUCAGACAAUUAUUCUGGAAAAUAAUGCAAGGAUUUCAAUUUUCAGUCAAAUUAGAAGAUUUCAAUGCUCAUGGAUAUUCUGGCCCAAUGCAAAGUGCAAUCCACCGUCUAAAAGAUUGGAAUCUUAGAAGUCCACAUUUUCAAGAAUAUCCAUAUACAAAAAAUCUCAGAUUGUAUUGGAAAGGCCUUAGGAAAGUGCUUUGCUGUCUAGAUUCAUCUACAAUUAUCUUCGGGUUGUGUCAUGAACCUACCGGAUUUUGCAAUUUGGUUGUUUCCACUAUCAAAAAUCAAGAGCAACAAGAAAUUGAGUUUGUUGAAGUUUUGAAAUGUUUACAAGUUCUUCUGAAGAUAAUUAAGAAUGAAUUUUGGAGCUACUCAUCAGUAUCCGCACAAGAUUUAAUGAUUGAAAUAUUUGAUAGUCCAGUUUUUCAUAAAGCCUCAGAAUCUCAUCCGAAGAAAUGCAAACAUCUAUUAGGAUGGGUUCCUGCGUUUGUUGAGUCAUCAAUGAAUCUUGUACAAACCAUUUUAGAGUAUUUGGUGUAUUCGUUUCAGAAGAACUCAUGGUCUAAUGAAUUGGCAGAAGAAUCUUUGGAUGUGGCGUUAAAGAUAUUGAGAAUACACAACCUCAAAAUUGACCCAAUAUUAAGUCUAAAACUCAAAAGUAUAGCCUUAAAUGAAAAGAUAACGUUUCGUAAGGUUUCGCUUGGUAGUCGACGUCUUUCUUUGAUUAAUGAAAUAUUAUCUCUCAAUACCAUAUCUGCGUCAGACAAUAAUACUAUGUCUGCGUCAAACAUCAAUAACAUGUCUGUGUCAAACAUCAAUACCAUGCCUGCUUCAAGCAUCAAUACCAUAACUAGUUCAAACAUCAAUACCAUGUCUGCUUCAAACAUCAAUACCAUGUCUGCUUCAAACACCAAUACCAUGUCUGCUUCAAACAUCAAUACCAUGUCUGCUUCAAGCAUCAAUACCAUGUCUGCUUCAAAAAUCAAUACUAUGUCUGCGUCAAACAACGUUAACGCCCCGUUCAGCAAUGGUACACUAUCAAAUUCAAUUAUUUUGGGCUCUACAACGUCAGGGUCUUCAGGAUCAUCUUCAAGUGCAAGCAUUUCCCAAACCCCUAUAAAUUCUGAUGUUGCUUUGAAGAAACCAAUGCCUAAGCCUUCUAAUAUGAGAAAACCAAUCUCAAUGAACACAUCAAGUAAAAUAUUUCCUAAUAAAAAAGGAACGAUAAGCAAAAUGAUGGAUGCAUUCAUUAAAGAAAAUCAAAUCAAGAAUAAAGAGAGGCAGGAUAUGAUACAUCAUGCAAACACAUCAAACACAUCUAGGAUAUCAAAUCAAAGACACAACUCUAUUACGAGUACUUCAGGAACAUUUGACGCAAAUACCUCUAGUACCUCUAGGAUAGCAAAUAAUAGACACAAUUAUAUUGCAGGUGAUAAACCAUUAGAUUCAACCGUAUAUACUCCAGAUACUCUUAAUCCUUUAGAAUUCAACGUAGUACAGCCUAAGCUUUUAGAACAGCCUCGACGAACGAAGUUGCUCGACUUCCGUGAAGUCAUUUCUCAUCACAGAGCACUACAAGAUAACAAACAGCAAGAGAGGAUUAUACAAAUGCGAAGGAGGGAAGACACUAUGAAACGGCUUAGGCCAAAUUUAAAAAACCUUCACAAACAAGUUUUAACGUGGAAUAUUGAUUCUAUGGGAGAAAUGCCUCCAAAUAUGCUUAGGAACGAAUAUAGACAUAUUCCAGACCAAUUUCAAACGGCGGAAGAAUAUAUAAGCAUUUUUGAACCACUUUUAGUACUUGAGAUAUGGCAAAGUUUUAUCUCAGCAAAAGAAGAAAUUGAUGAUAGUGAUUCUUAUGCUAUUGUUAUAGACAGUAGUGUGUCUAUUGAUGAUUUUAUAGAAGUGUCAUGUCAUUCUGCGGAUCAAGGACAACUCAAAGGUCUGUCAGAAAAUGACCUUGCCGCGGAGCUCAUGGACGCACAAUUAGAGCGAUAUAUCAAUAUAUACAAAAUUAAUGAAUCACAAGCUGAGGCUGUAUGGAAAGUUUUAAACAAUAAAGAUAAUAUCUCCUUAGUGCAAGGGCCACCAGGAACUGGUAAAACAAGUACAAUAGUGAGCAUUAUAAGUGAAUUGAGAUCAACGUCCACUACUUAUAAACCACGAAUUUUAGCUUGUGCACCUUCCAAUGCUGCUGUUGAUGAAAUUGAAAAAAGACUUCGAGAAGGUAUAUACGACUCUAAUGGUAACCUUGAAAGAGUUGCUGUUGCUCGGUUUGGGAAAUUGGAGAACGAUACUGAUGAAGAGACGAACAAUCUGAAAGUACGAAUGACAAACCUUUCGCAAGAAGUUAACGAAAAAAAGCGUCGUCGUCAGGAUCCACGAAUAAGUGGAUGGGAUGCUGAAACAUUAGAUGUUCAAGUAAACAAGAUUAACGAAGAAAUUGAAAAUAUACGAAGAACACUGCGCGAUUCUGAUGAUAAAAAUGAAAAACCUAAACGCAUUGUUAAAGAACUUAAUGAUGCAGACAUUAUUUGUGCAACAUUGACUGGGAGUGGUCAUGAUAUUUUGGCAGAUAUCACUUUUCAAGCGGUAAUCAUUGACGAAGCGGCACAAGCUAUCGAAUUAACAUCUCUCAUACCUAUGAAGUUUAAUCCAAGCUGGUGUGUUCUUGUUGGUGAUAGCAAUCAAUUACCACCAACAGUUCUCAUCCAUAUGCUGAAGAUGCAAUAUAGAAUGCAUCCAGAGAUUUGUAGAUUCCCCAGUAAAUUAUUUUACGAUUGUGAAUUAUAUAAUGCAGGAGGAUUACUGCAAAUUCGAACUCAGAGAUGGCAUGCAAAACCAAUCUUUGGACCUUAUAGGUUUUUUGACGUGUUAGGUAUAAUGGGGCAAGAUCAAAAUUCUUUUUUUAAUAGGGAAGAAGCAGUUAUUGGUGUUAGACUAGUCGAAACGCUUAUAAGAGAUUUUCCAGAAAUCGAUUUUAGGGAUCGAAUUGGAGUAAUAACACCAUAUAAACGACAACUUGCAGAACUAAAACGACUGUUCGCCCUAAAGAUUCCUAAUGAUUUAUACAAGGAAAUGGAGUUUAAUACUGUAGAUGGCUUUCAGGGGAAAGAAAAGGACAUUAUCAUCUUUUCAUGCGUUCGUGCCGGAAGAGAAAGUAGCGUUGGAUUCCUGAAGGAUAUAAGAAGAAUGAAUGUUGCGCUAACUCGUGCUAAGUCUUCAUUGUUCAUUCUUGGAAAUCGACAAACACUUGAAAAAAAUCCUCAUUGGAAAGAAUUGAUUGAAGAUGCAAGUAUGCCUAUGGCUUCUUUCCAAAAUACCGGAGACAUUCCACGAGAGAAUUUAGUUGGACAUCAUAUAAAUGAAAUGGUAAACUCAAGAUAUGGUCUUGGGGGUAAUAAUGGAAGAGGUGAAUGGCAUAAUAAGCGUAAUUUUGGUUCUAAUCAACGUGGUGGAGCGCGUGGAGGGAUAGCGCGUCGAGGUAAUAAAAAUAAACGAUUUAAGCGGGGAUAG